CGGCCGACGACGGGCUGCGCCGAGGGUCAGAAAGCCUCAGAAGCGGCGGGGGUGCUUGGUUGGGCAGGGGGGUCGCGAUGGAGGACGACGCGCCGGUGAUUUACGGGCUGGAGUUCCAGGCACGAGCUUUAACACCUCAGACAGCAGAAACRGAUGCAAUAAGAUUUUUGGUUGGAACACAGUCUCUUAGAUAUGAUAAUCAGAUUCACAUCAUAGAUUUUGAUGAUGAAAAUAACAUUAUAAACAAAAAUGUUCUCCUUCAUCAAGUGGGUGAAAUUUGGCAUAUUAGUACCAGUCCUGCAGAUAAAGGUGUGCUGGCAACCUGCUACAAUAAAACUUCAGACACUAAAGUCAUGACAUGUGCUGCUGUUUGGAGGAUGCCGAAGGAAUUGGAAUCAGGCAGUCAUGAAUCCCCUGAUGAUUCAUCAAGCAACACUCAAACCCUGGAGCUACUCUGUCACCUUGACAACACAGCCCAUGGCAAUAUGGCCUGUGUUAUGUGGGAACCGAUGGGAGACGGUAARAAGAUUAUUUCACUGGCUGAUAACAACAUAUUAUUGUGGGAUUUGCAGGAAAGUUCAUCCCAAGCUGUGCUCUCUAGUUCCACAGCCUUGGAAGGGAAAGGACAGUUAAAAUUUACUUCUGGAAGAUGGAGCCCACACCACAAUUGUACCCAGAUUGCCACAGCCAACGAUACCACUGUCCGAGGGUGGGAUACACGAAGCAUGAGGCAGAUAUAUUGUAUAGAAAAUGCACACGGACAGCUGGUACGAGACCUGGACUUUAAUCCCAAUAAACAAUAUUACCUGGCUAGCUGUGGAGAUGACUGCAAGGUGAAAUUCUGGGACACAAGAAAUGUCACUGAACCAGUGAAGACACUAGAGGAGCAUUCCCACUGGGUUUGGAAUGUCAGAUACAAUCAUUCUCAUGAUCAGCUGAUCCUUACAGGAAGCAGUGAUAGCAGAGUUAUCCUGUCUAAUAUGGUAUCAAUUUCUUCUGAACCAUUUGGGCAUAUGGUAGAUGAUGAUGAACUCAGUGACCAAGAGGACCAGCAUCAAGAAGAGAAGAUUAAAGAGCCCCUUCAGGACAGUGUAAUAGCUACCUAUGAAGAACAUGAAGAUAGUGUAUAUGCAGUUGAAUGGUCUUCAGCAGACCCGUGGCUGUUUGCCUCUUUAAGUUAUGAUGGGAGACUGGUUAUUAACAGGGUUCCCAGAGCCCUAAAAUAUCAUAUAUUGUUAUAAUUGGUUUGGAUUAUGCUGGAGUUAUUAUCUUSAUGUACAACUGGUAGGUAUUGUUUAGGGUUUUUUUCAGGAUCUUGGUUUUUUUUUAAGUAUAAAUGUUAAAAUUUUGUUAAGAAUAUAUGUACUAAUGUAGACUUGUAAUUUGUCUUUUGUAUUUGCCUUGAGACACUAUGAUGCAUUUUCUGAAGGCUGUGCUACUUGGGUGAUUGUUUUUUUUUUGAGGACUAAUCACUUUGUGAAUCAUAAAGUUUCUGGAGAUAGUGGGUACUUUACUAUUGCUUUAUUACAUCAGCUUUAUGCAAAUAUAAUGAAUUACAGAAAUGUUAUUAUGCUGAUACAAUACUGGGACAACAAAGGGUGCAUUUAGCAGCAGUGAUCCACUUGUUUUCCAGGAAACUUUUAUAUUUCUUGGUGUAAGCAGCCUUCUGCUCUUAGCUAGGGCCACAUUCUCCUAACUGUUCUGGCCACAAAUACAAUUGGGAGUGGUCUUAAAAGGCUUUCUUAAUACAGUAUAAUAUUUUAAACACUUUUUCUUUUGUUUUUGCAUGUCUUCAGAAGAAAUGUUUUUUUGUGAAAAAGAAACCUUCAAAACGUAUUUUUCAUUUGAGCCUUAUGGUACUACCAACAAAGUAACAUCUCUCAAUUUGCCUAUUAAAUGCCAUUCUUAGCUAUGCAUUAUUACUGGAAACAAUAUUAGCCUUUACCAAAAUCUCUGAUAUAGUCACCUAAUGUGUUACCCCCUAUUUACAGGUUUAAAUUGUGCUGUGAGGGACUCUGGAGCUAUGCCACUGUUAACCUARAAAACCUCUUUAAUAUUUGUCUGCUUAGACUUUUGUUCUUACUAUUCUGGCUCUGUGCCAAUCUGCAGUAUGCUGACAUGAUGUAAAAAGCUUGCAACUAAGCACAAAAUAUCCUUUGCUAUAUCCUUCUUUUUGCAAUAGGUGACCUAGACAUUGGUUACUGUGUUGUUACAAAUGCUGAGAACAGGCAGAUGCUGCRCCAUAGGAGAAUGCUCAGGAAAUUUCAAAUGUAGGUGGAAGGCAUGGUGAAACAUUCCUGUACAUACUGAUAUCCUGUCUUCCCUUGGCAUAGCUUCCACUAAGAUGAAGAUUCUGCUGCGUUCUCUUUGUGUACCCAGGCUCACUGCAGCAUUCAUUAUUCCCUGCUGCUUUUUCACCGCAAUUAUUUCCCUUUAACUUCAGAACUUGGGUACGUGCGACAAUGUCAGUUGUGGUGGCUUUGUGUAAGACCACUCUGAAGAAAUGGCAAUGAACAUGGGAUGGAAGAUCAAUACCAGCCUCUUCCAGUGAUGGCUUCUGUUGCUAUGGCAACUGUUGGUGUURGUGUUGAGGGACAGCCUGCUGCUCACCUCUGUUUGUCCUUACCCACUCUUGGAUCGAAACACGUCCAAAUGUGAUUUGUUGUGUACACACAGCUGCUUUAGCGAGAUCACGUUUGGAGAGCAUGACUGACUGCUGUAGGCCAAAAUAUCCAGAAAAGAUGACAGUGUAUUCUAUUUCUGGCUUUCUUAAAGAGCUUACUUGGAAAAAUUCAUAGGAGUGAAAUAAUCCAAUUAAAUAAUCUGUACUGCUGUUUGCGUUUGUAUUAGUGAUGUUGCCUUUGUGCUCCAGAAUGAAUCUUUCAUUGGAAAUUCUGAUUAUCUGCUUUCCUACAUUUAUAUUUUAGACUUGUACUAUUUCACAUUGUUUCAAUCUGUAAUUAGGCAUGAGCUAUUCCCCUGUAUCCUGUAAGAAAAACUACAUUUCCAAAUCAGUAGUGCUUCAGUUAUCUGAACAUGAAAAUCCUUGGUUGACCUGCUGCUUUAUAUAUGAAGCUUUUCAUCUUCAGGCACAAAAUCUUGUUGAGUAUCGUGUCUGUCCCGCCUGUGCACCACCCUACCCCACCCAGCCUCCUGGAAAAAAAAAAAGAAAAAACCUCUGCAGUAUGUCUUUGGUAUGCAGCAGAGCUCCUUAGAACUUUCUUCACAUUAGCAAUAAAAGUCUAAUGAAACUUUAUUGUCUGGUAGUCUAUAUGGCUUGCAGUGUGAAGGUGACGGGGAAAUUCCAUAACUGUGUGGGAUUUGGCUUGAUUUUUAACAUGUAAUAAAUACAGGAUAGAUUUCAGGCUAAUUUUACUUGGCUGUAU